ACCUCAGCUGAUAAGUCGCGCAAGCCUGCAACUUCCCCAUUGACACACAACUAAACUCGUAAAGCGCAAACCGAGGGACAAACUCAUAGAGGCGCGCACAAAGAGUUGCCAGAAGCGACCGUUGCCUGCAACAACGCGGAAUCCAAGAGGCUAUGGACAGAAGGAUGAACUUGAACGGCGGUGCAGGGGACAUUUUUCACAAAACUCUCAGCGCCGUGUCCACUAAAAAAAUGGACCCUUUCAGGUCGUCGGCCGGCAUUGAACUAGCAGCCAGAGACCGCCAGUCACCUAUCAGCUGCUUUGACCAGACCGAUCAAGACUCGAUUCAGCCGGGAGGACUGGCGGGAGGUAGAGGGGGGCCACUGGGUCUGCCGACCGGAUCUUUGUGCGUUAAUUUCGGUGAGAGCGCCAACAGGAUCUCGGCAGCGGAGAGCAGCGGCGGAGAGCAGAGUCAAGACGAUGACAGCGACGGCAGGUGUGACAUGGUCCUUUUGGCCGACGGGCGGACGGUGCCCUCGGGGAAAGGAGAAGGAGGUAAGAAAACCAAAGAGCAGAAAACACUGAGGCUAAACAUCAAUGCCAGAGAAAGACGACGGAUGCACGAUCUGAACGACGCGCUGGAUGAGCUCAGAGGGGUCAUCCCUUACGCGCACAGCCCGUCAGUUCGGAAACUCUCCAAAAUUGCCACUUUGCUCCUCGCCAAAAACUACAUCCUCAUGCAGGCGCAGGCUCUGGAGGAGAUGAGGAGGCUAGUGGCGUAUCUCAACCAGGGCCAAGCCAUCUCUGCUGCCUCGAUACCGGCCACCACUGCCCUCGCAGCUCCAGGCUUGGGCGCGUACGACCAGCCGCCCGGAUAUCCCUUCCCCACCGGAGUGGCUGCGUCCUCCUGCCCAGAUAAAUGUGCCCUAUUCAACAACGCCACCUCCAGCCUCUGCAAACAGUGCACUGACAAGCCUUAACUGCGCCUGACAAAGGACUCAGAGAAGCACAGGGGAGAAAAGAAA